AUGAUGAUGAACCCUUCCUAUGAUUAUGAUGCCGGACUACUCAGCGAUGAGAUUACACAAGAGGAUUGCUGGGGAGUUAUAGAAACAUACUUCGAUGACAAGGGUCUAGUGCGGCAACAGCUGGACUCAUUCGACGAGUUCGUGCAAAAUACAAUCCAAGAGAUCGUCAGUGAGAAUGGAGAGUUUCAAAUCAUUACUCAGGGUCAGCACAGCGGCACGCAUAGCGAUGUCACGAGACGAUAUUCGAUCCAGUUCGGCCAAAUUUACCUCAGUAAGCCAACGCACUCGGAACCUGAAGGAGAAACAAAGCAACUUUACCCACAGGAGGCCCGCUUGCGAAACUUGACGUAUUCUGCCCCGUUAUAUGUGGACAUGCGAAAGAAGGUGGAAAUAGCAGACCCAGCAAAUCCCCUAAAUCAGGAUGUUACUUCGGCAGCAGAUAUGUAUUGGGAAGUGGAGCAUGCGGAAAGUGAUUGGGACAAAGUCUUCAUUGGAAAAGUUCCGAUUAUGUUGCGAUCGAGCUAUUGCAGUUUGACUGACUUGCUGCGAGCAAACGAUGUGGAAGGAUUUGAUGUGCAAUCUGUUGGAGAGUGUCCAUAUGAUCAGGGUGGUUACUUCGUGAUUAAUGGUUCCGAGAAAGUCCUUAUCGCCCAAGAACGGAUGGCUACAAACACCGUCUACGUCUUUGCCAAAGCACAGCCAGCACCAUAUUUAUUCAGUGCAGAAAUUAGAAGUCAGCCAGAAAAAGGAUCGAAAUUAGCGUCCACGCUAUUCAUUAAAAUGCUUGCGAAGGGAGGAAAAGGGACAUCAGGACACGUCAUCCGCACAUCUCUACCUUAUAUCAAAUCCGAUAUUCCGAUUAUGGUAGUGUUCCGAGCCUUGGGCUCCAUUACAGAUCGGGAUAUUCUUGCCCAGAUUUGCUACGAUUUCAAUGACCGCGAAAUGCUGGAGCUAUUGAAACCAUCAAUUGAAGAAGCGUUCGUAAUUCAGGAUAGGGAUAUUGCCUUGGACUAUAUCGGGAGAAGAGGAACUACGAUAGGUGUCACCAGAGAUAAGCGUCUAAGAUAUGCUGCCGACAUUCUGCAAAAGGAGAUGCUUCCUCAUGUAAGCACUAGCGCGCAUCAUCAGACACGGAAGGCGUUCUUCUUUGGUUACAUGAUUCACCGACUGCUGCUGGCGGCGUUGGAGCGACGUGAACUCGACGAUCGUGAUCACUUCGGAAAGAAGCGUCUGGAUCUAGCUGGUCCACUACUUAGUGGGCUGUUCCGGAUGCUCUUUAGGAAGCUUACGAAUGACGUGACCAGAUAUACAAGAAAAGUGGUAGACUCACGCGGCGAGUUCAACUUGACAAUGGCAAUUAAGGGCGGUACCAUAACGAGAGGGCUGCAGUAUUCUCUUGCUACUGGUAACUGGGGCGACCAAAAAAAAUUCAUGCAAGCACGCGCGGGUGUCAGUCAAGUACUCAACCGAUAUACCUAUGCGUCAACCUUGUCGCAUCUACGUCGUUUGAACACACCGAUAGGGCGAGACGGGAAAUUGGCCAAGCCCCGUCAGCUGCAUAACACCCACUGGGGUAUGGUAUGCCCAGCCGAAACCCCCGAGGGACAGGCUUGUGGUCUUGUCAAGAACUUGUCAUUGAUGUCUUAUGUGACUGUUGGACAUUCGGUGGCCCCGAUUCUUGAUUUCUUGAACGAGUUCAAUAUGGAAAAUUUGGAGGAAAUUACACCAGAUCGAAUUCCCAAAGCCACGAAAGUAUUUGUCAAUGGUCAAUGGCUAGGUAUUCAUGAUGAUCCAGAUACAUUAGUCAAGACUUUGAGGAACUUGCGAAGAAAUGUAGACGUAACUCCGGAGUUAUCAAUUGUUCGAGACGUUGCGGAUAAGGAACUACGUCUUUACACUGAUGGGGGACGUAUAUCACGUCCUUUGUUCAUUGUAGAAGAGGAUCAGACACUCUCCUUGACCAAGGAAAUUGCUUUGAAAACAAAGACUGAUCCCGACACCCAAAUGCGGCAGUGUGACUGGAAUUAUCUGCUUGAAGAAGGAUCCAAUGCUGUAUAUGCGCGAAAUUACACGCAUUGUGAGAUUCAUCCUAGCAUGAUCCUUGGCAUUUGCGCUAGUAUUAUUCCGUUUCCGGAUCAUAACCAAUCUCCACGUAACACCUAUCAGUCAGCUAUGGGUAAACAGGCUAUGGGCAUUUUCCUCACAAACUAUCAAAUCCGUAUGGACACAAUGGCAAACAUUCUGUUCUACCCGCAAAAGCCGCUUGCGACUACCCGUGCUAUGGAGUUCAUGCAUUUCCGAGAACUACCUGCUGGUCAAAAUGCGGUUGUGGCUAUUGCUGUGUACUCCGGCUACAAUCAGGAAGAUUCCCUGAUCAUGAGUCAAAGCUCCAUUGAUCGAGGACUUUUUAGAAGUAUGUAUUAUCGAGUGUACAUGGACACCGAGAAGAAGGUCGGAAUGAUGGCCAGUGAAACGUUCGAAAAGCCGUCAAGGGACAGCUGUCUGCGGCUUAAGCAUGGAACGUAUGAAAAGCUGGACAACGAUGGGCUAAUCGCACCGGGCGUCAGAGUCGGCGGCGAGGAUAUCAUUAUCGGAAAAACUGUGCCAAUCAAAGAAGACAGCGCUGAGAUGGGUCAGCGUACCGCAGCUCACACCAAACGGGAUGCAUCUACUCCGCUGAAGAGUACGGAAAACGGCAUUAUUGAUCGGGUAAUGUAACUACAAACGAGGCAGGAUUUAAAUUUGUCAAAGUCCGCGUUCGUUCCGUUCGUGUGCCGCAGAUGGGUGAUAAGUUUGCUUCACGUCACGGUCAGAAGGGUACUGUAGGUAUAACAUAUCGGCAAGAGGACCUGCCUUUCUCAGCGGAAGGUAUAAGUCCGGAUUUGAUUAUCAAUCCACAUGCUAUUCCAUCACGUAUGACAAUUGGGCAUUUGGUCGAAUGUCUGUUAUCCAAACUCGCAACCUUGACCGGUGUGGAAGGCGAUGCGACGCCAUUCACCGAUCUUACAGUUGACCAGAUAUCGAGGGCGUUGGAGCAGUUUGGGUACCAAAAGCGCGGUUUUGAAGUAUUGUACAAUGGACACACUGGCCGGAAGCUGCAAGCGCAAGUUUUCUUUGGACCGACAUACUACCAGAGGCUGAAGCAUAUGGUAGAUGACAAGAUUCACAGUCGUGCACGUGGGCCCGUGCAGAUUUUGACCCGGCAGCCGGUGGAGGGUCGUUCCCGUGAUGGAGGUCUACGGUUUGGAGAGAUGGAACGUGAUUGUUUCAUUGCUCAUGGAGCUGCACAGUUCUUGAAGGAACGUCUUUUUGAUGCAUCAGACGCCUAUCGUGUUCAUGUUUGCGACCGUUGCGGUCUCAUGGUGAUUGCAGAUCUUAAACGUAACAAAUACGAAUGCCGAUCCUGCCAAAAUACGACGGAGAUAUCACAGUUGCAUAUACCGUAUGCUGCCAAGCUACUGUUCCAGGAGUUAAUGGCAAUGAAUAUUGCUCCACGAUUGUUGGUUUCGGGAUGACCUAUUUAUGUAUAUUGCAUGGGGCACUAGUUAGGAGGAGGUAAAGAUGGAGGGAGGGGUACUGUUGUUCGUUGUAUACUUUUGUGUUUAUAAUCGCAUGGAUGACGGCAUAGAGAAUGCUGCUGAAAGGGCAACAGACUAUGACGAUCGCAAAAAGAAAAUGCAAGGGAUAGUUUUCAAGAAAGGGAUGUGGGCGGAAGAAUGUCCGUUCUUCCAGAAUAGAAAUGGAUGUGAGCUCAGAA